CUUGUCCUGUGAUCUCUGAUCAUGAUCGAGCCAUCUACAUGUAACAAACAGCAAUUGCCGCCGCUGCACCGAAACAUUUCUCUCUAUCGCGCUUAUAGGCUCAUGAGCCAAAUCAUCUUCUACAUUUUUGUCCACAAAAAUGGCUGCGGCCACUCUCUCCGUCCGGCCCAACCGUCUCUAUCUUGAUUGGCCCUUCUCCCGGCCACUGUUUCACCUUCCCAACUCCACCGUAACAAAUACUCAAAUAAAGUCCUUCAAGAAUGAGCCUUGGAGGGCCACAAUCGUCCCCUCGUCUCGCCGCCCUUUCGCGGCGGGUGGCGCGCGAGCCUCUUCCCGAGCCGACGACUCUGCGCCGUCUGAGAUGUCGGUCGAGAACGCUCUCAAGCUUCUCGGUGUUUCGGAGAGCGCGUCUUUCGAUGACAUACUCCGCGCCAAAAAAGCCAUUCUUGCAACGUGCAAGGAUGACCAGGACGCGAUUGCACAGGUUGAGGCUGCAUAUGAUAUGUUGCUUAUGCGAAGCUUAACUCAACGUCGGUCUGGAAAAGUUGCAAAUAGUGGCAUCCGGUAUGCAGACGUCAAGCCCUUAAACGGCCCUGGGUUGGGAUCAGUACCUCAGUGGCUGCAGACAACUAUGAAAAAUGCACCCAUUUCAGUGGAGACACCAUCAGCUGGUGAUUUGGGAAUACAAGCAGGAGUUUAUGGAGCUAUGAUGGUUUUAACUUAUGUUAAUGGAGCUACAACAUCAUCUGUGGCAUCUUAUGCUGGGGCUGAUGUUCCUGGGUUGAUAUUAGCUACAAGUUUUGGGGCUUCCUUGUACUUUAUGACCAAAAGGAAUGUGAAGUUAGGGAAGGCCACCGUAAUAACUUUAGGAGGGCUUGUGGCUGGAGCUGUGGUGGGGUCAACAUUAGAGAAUUGGUUGCAGGUGGACGUUGUGCCAUUUCUUGGCAUACACUCCCCUGCUACUGUAGUUAGUGAAUUCAUUCUCUUCUCUCAAUUCUUGGUCUCCCUUUACCUAAGGUAAUAUUAAGAGGAGAUUGUAAUUUGUAAGUGAAACCUGUAAUUAUUCAUUUGCAUGAUCGUACCCGAGCUUUUUUUAUUAGGACGUGUAUCGUUGCAUGUUGUACAAAACUAAAAGUAGAAAGUAGUGAAACUUGAAUAAAUCUGAAAUCUGCUUUAGAAUUGCAAUAAA